AUGCAAUUGUGGCGUCUCAAGUGUCUCGUGUCUGCAAGACGGUACCUCGAUCUAAUCAUUCCUCACUGUGACUCCUUCUUCGCGGUCGCACGGCGCCAGACGAAUGUACGUGUCACACGCUGCUCAGUCGUCUAUUCUUUUUGCUUUCCUUUCACCAGAUCACGUCAUCCAGGCGGCCCUGCCUCGUCUCCAACCAGUCACUGCGCAUACUGCAAAGCAUAAGAGGUUCCCAUGUCAACAAACUUCGUCUUGACAGUCUUGUGCCUUCUGGCCAGCAGCGCGCAGCUCACAAAGGUGGAGAGCAGGGGCUGUUGCACACAAGCCGCACUGCCGCGUUUCAAGCUACCCUUUGACGGAUCUCUUCCCGUCUCCUCCUUCGUCCGACAAAGACCUUCUCUAGAAGCGCAACAGUGGCAAAUCACAGAACCGGAUACGUUCGACACUAGCGGAGGACGCGAAACUUUGCUACCUCCGCCAACGAGCAAAGAGCAAGCAAAGGCGUCGGAUGAAAAGGAGAAAAAGGAAAAGGUGAAACAUUUGCCCUCCUUUUACCACGAGGAUGUGGACCAUCAAGGCGAGAAACUUUUGGAGCUGCAAAGAGACCCUGCUGGUACUGAAGAGCGUUGAGAGCCUCGGGUGCGGACACAGAUAAAACUUGGGACGACUGG